UCAUCCUGCCAGCGGCGAGAAAGCAGCUCCGUCCAGGAGGAGUUCGGUUCCUCCUUUCUGUGGAGAAUUAAAGGGAUUUGUGUCUGUUUUUUCCUGUCGUUAUUCAUAGUUUGGAGUCCUGCUUUGACGACUGGGAGGGAUGAAAGUUUGAAGCGGCGCAUCGCGGCUCUCCAGCUCCGGCAUGAGAAGUUUGUAAACGGGUCUGAGUAUCAACGACACCGCGGAGUAGAUGGAGGAAGCAGAAGGUACAGAUGGUUGUUACUGUGCGGGCUGUGGAGGAAAAAUUCAAGACUCGUUUCACAUGAAAGUCCUCCAAGACACCUGGCACAACGCCUGCUUUCAGUGUUCCGUGUGCUGUGACCACCUGACGAACUGGUACUACGAGAAGGAUGGCAAGCUGUACUGUCGCAAACACUACUGGGAGAAGUUUGGAGAGCUCUGUCACGGUUGCUCUCUGCUCAUGACUGGACCUGCCAUGGUCGCCGGAGAACACAAGUAUCACCCUGAGUGCUUUGUGUGUCUGAGCUGCAAGGUGGUGAUUGAGGACAGGGAUACCUACGCCUUAGUCGAGCGAUCGAAACUCUACUGUGGAAAGUGCUACAAGCAGGUGGUCCUUACACCCAUGUUGGAAAAGCGCUCGCACGACUCGGUCCUAGACUCCCUGCCCCACACGGUGACCCUCAUCUCGAUGCCCUCUGCAGCCAACGGCAAGAGGGGCCUCUCCGUCUCAGUGCUGAGGGACGUCAACGGAUCGGCGAGCGUCCAAGUCAAAGAAGUCAGAGGGAUGCUUAUUAGUCCAGAGGUGCGAAAUGCCAUUCAUGUUGGGGACAGGAUCCUGGAGAUCAAUGGCCUUCCUGUCGGGACACUGAUGGAGGAGGAGGUGGACGACCUCAUUCACCGCACCAGCCACACGCUGCAGCUGCUUAUAGAGUACGACCCAGUCAGGCAGCGUUUAGACCGGCUCAGGCUGGGAUCGCCGAGGACCCCUCUGGGAGUCCCGGCCACAUCCCGCAUGCGUCUGUCCUCACCUUCGAAUGCGGUCCUGGAGAGAACCGACGUGGUUGAUGACGGCACACUGAAAAGGAGGUCUUUGAGGCGCAGUAACAGCAUUUGUAAGUCACCCGGGCCAAAUUCUCCCAAAGAGAUGCUUUUUAUCACACGAGACAUCGGCCGCUCCGAAUCCUUGAGAUCCUCCAGUAGCUGCUCUCAUCGCAUCUUCCGCCCAUGUGACCUCAUCCAUGGAGAGAUCUUAGGGAAAGGCUUCUUCGGGCAGGCGAUCAAGGUGACCCAUAAAGCCACGGGAGAGGUGAUGGUGAUGAAGGAGCUGAUCCGUUGCGAUGAGGAGACCCAGAAGACUUUCCUGAAGGAGGUCAAAGUAAUGCGAUGCCUGGAUCACCCCCACGUCUUGAGGUUCAUCGGUGUGCUGUACAAGGACAAGAGGCUCAAUUUGAUAACUGAGUUUAUCGAGGGAGGCACCCUGAAGGAUUUCAUCAGAGACACGGACCCGUUUCCAUGGGAGCAAAGGGUGAGCUUUGCAAAGAGCAUCGCUUCUGGCAUGGCAUACCUUCACUCGAUGAGCAUCAUACACAGAGACCUCAAUUCUCACAACUGCCUGGUUAAACUGGACAACACCGUGGUCGUUGCUGACUUUGGACUGUCCCGACUCAUCGUGGAGGACAAAGUUAAGCCUCCACCUGAAAAAACGUCCACCAAGAAGAGGUUGUUCAGACGCGUCGACCGAAAGAAGCGCUACACUGUCGUGGGAAACCCUUACUGGAUGGCCCCAGAGAUGCUAAAUGGUAAACGCUAUGAUGAGAAGGUGGACAUUUUCUCCUUUGGGAUUGUGCUUUGUGAGAUCAUUGGGAAAGUCUAUGCAGACCCUGAGUGCCUCCCCAGGAAUCUGGACUUUGGCCUGAAUGUUGCAAAGUUCGUGGAGAAGUUCCUCCCUGAAGACUGUCCACCAGCUUUCUUUCCGCUGACCGUGGCCUGCUGUGACCUCACACCGGACAACCGUCCACCUUUCCAGAAGCUGGAGGACUGGUUUGAAGCUCUGUCCCUCAACCAGGAGCUGGGGAUCCCCCUGCCAGCCGAACUGGAUGAACUGCAUCAGAGUCUGAGUCGACUCCACUGGCCUAAAGACGUCUCCCCAGCCCAGAGCCCAGAGCAGCCGUCAUCCCCAACAGCGGCCUCUGCGGACGCAUCCAGCAUGACAGAAAACGGCAGCUAGGACCUCAUCCUGCCUCGUGUUGACCCCUCUGAAGUGCUGCACUAAAUACUGCGGAUGAGAAAAAGAGGAAAGCGCAUUGAACCCGAGCCAUAUUACAACUGGAUAACCUGAGUUAGCUGGACCAAUGCCAAUGAACUGCAUUGUGAGUGGAGGGACACAUUUCAAAAAGACAAUUGUGACUUACAUUUUUUUCUUCUUCUUUUUUUUUUUACCCUGCUCAGCCCCCACUCACCACGCGCAGGGCUGUACUAAUGUUUACUGUGUAUAAAGGCAAUACGCAACUUUCCCUGACACACGACGAGCAUCUUUAUAAGGUGGAAGAUGGCACGUGACAGCGGUUUUGUUUUUCUGGUUCUGAAGUUGUUGUUUGCUAUGUGUGGAAUGCCCAGAGAUCAGUCCGAGCCCAGAAGAGAUCUUGCUUCACUGCAGCAGCGUAGAGAACAAAGAUGCUUGACGGCGCAAGUGAAUAACAGGCAGGGCUUGGAGAAAACUGGUGUUACUUCAGGCAGCAGCGGAAGCAAAACACACACUGACCCCGAAUAGUUUCAUCGCUCUGAGAUUUAACACAAAGAUGGCGAGGGAAUGUUUUUCGUCCGAGCACCACUGAUCUAUUUUUUGACGAGACGGUUACAAGUAUGAUUCUGUACUUUGUAGUCAGAUGAUUUUUAUUCAUUUCUAAGAAUGAUGAAUGAACACUAUUUAGAUUUUUUAUGUUUGCCACACUAUCAAACACCUAGUUCCUAUUUUAAAAACUGAGGCGGAAGCUCUAGACUAAUAAUUGUAAGACAUAAUCAUGCAAGAGUUAACUCUAAAAAAAAUGUUUUGUACAGAAGAACUGGAUUUUUUUCUCAAGCAAUGUAUAUACACAUGUACAUAGUAUGCCUCUUAAUUGGAUGUCAUUUUCUAAUGGGAAGUGUAGAUUUUCAGACUUUUUGUCACGGAUGGACGUUUUUUGCCUUUUUGCUAUCAUCAUGCAAGGUACUGACGACCACUUGUAACCACUAUUAUUUAUAUCAAUAGUGUUUCAUAAAUAAAGCCUGUGACAGUUGA